UCUCCCUCUCUCUCUCUCUCACUUUCUCUUUCAUUCUCUCUCCUCUCUCCAGAAAGGGCAAAACCCUAAAGAACCGUUUACACCCCAAAGUAACUUCAUGGACGAUGAUGCGUUGAAUAUGCGUAAUUGGGGUUACUAUGAACCAUCUUUUAAAGGACAUCUUGGUCUUCAGCUCAUGACUAGCAUGGCUGAGCUGGACACGAAGCCUUUUAUUCCCGAUCGUGACCCCAAUCUCAUGGUUACUCCCAAUGCGGCCUUUCACCCGAGGGACUGCAUUGUUUCGGACGCGCCUAUCCCCAUGCACUACAUUAGGGAUACUUGGAUUAGCCAGAGAGAGAAGAUUUUCAGCAUGAUGCCGCCGUCCACUGCUCCUAGUUACGGCAUUCUUCCAGAAACUUCAGCAGCUCAUUCAUUGCCGAUUUUGCAGCCACCACCUCCUGAUACGAUAACAAGAGAUGAGAGUGUGGUUGGUAGAGUGGAAGAGCCACCUGUCAGUCAGGAAGACGCCCAAUCGAAGAAAAGGCAGGGCGGGCCUGGCCCUAAGACACUAAAGGCCAAAAAGCCUAGGAAGCCGAAGGAUGACACCAAUUCUACUGUUCAACGUGUGAAGCCGCCAAAGAAAAGUAUGGAUAUCAAGAUAAACGGAUACGACAUGGAUAUUUCCGGCAUUCCAAUUCCGGUUUGCUCAUGCACUGGAACCGCCCAGCAAUGUUACCGAUGGGGUUGUGGCGGUUGGCAAUCUGCCUGUUGCACCACAAACGUAUCCAUGUAUCCUUUACCAAUGAGCACCAAAAGGCGGGGCGCAAGGAUAGCUGGCCGGAAAAUGAGUCAGGGGGCAUUCAAGAAGGUCCUCGAGAAACUUGCUGGUGAAAAUUAUAACUUCAGUAACCCUAUCGAUUUGAGGACUCAUUGGGCAAGACAUGGUACCAACAAGUUUGUCACUAUCAGGUAGAUUCAGACUGGUGGUAGUGAUAGUGGAGCUCCAUUGCAGACGGCCUGCUUUACCUGUAUAUAGCUCUACAGCCUUCUACGGAGUUCUCCGAUGC